GUUGUAACCGGCGUGAUCGCAAGAGUUCUGUUUCUUACGCUUUGAAACGGGUAAAGGUUAAAGCAUGUUGACUAGGGCAUUGCUUUUCAUUUUACUUUUCACGAGUGAUAUCAAUCGUCAGAAAUCGAAUUUUAUGGUUUUGUCCGCAGCUUCUUCAGCAGACAGAGAAAGAGACUAUUAUCCGUGCUACCGUGAUCUUAAUUGUGAAUUAGGAGAAGAAUUAGAAACAAGAGCCAUGGCUUGUUUAGAAGUUCUUCAGGAUGAGAGCAGAGAGGAAGUGUUUGAAUGGAUUAAAGAAGCGUCAAAAGGCAUCAUAACCAGUAGCGACCUUGAUGAGUAUCAUGAGAGACUUUGUGCAGCAGACGAAAACCUAAGAAAAGAAGGAUUUCGCAGCGUAAUGCAAAGAACUUUCGAUUAUUUUAUGAUGAAUUGCAACGGAGAAUCCGAAUCAGAUAUGUGUGAAAACAUUCGAGAAAUGGCGGGUUGCCUCUUUGAUCUUGUUGAAGAGAAUGUUGAGAAAGAGAAGUGCGGAUAUCUCGUUGAUCUUCAGAAAAGAAAGCUGAAAUGAAAACGUUUUAUGCGAUGGUCAUGGAUGGCGGUGUUGGCAUCGGCGUUUCUUUGUUCUGAUCCAAAGCAUUUGUGUGUCAAUUAAAUCUGAAAAUAAUUAUGGAAAAAA